UGCCUUCGGCUGGGGUUGGGGAGAGGUGCACAGCGUGGGCGGAGCCUGCAAAAGUUGGAGAACGUGUAGCAGGCCUCAUCCUGUGGAAUCUGAAGAGGCCCACGCAGAUUUUAAUUCCCACUCUAGAUUCUGGUUUCCCGGAGCUUGCCGCCUGGUCUUCCUUGAGCUUUGUCAUCAGGAUUGCAGUCUUACUUUGAGAGAAAUGCUUCAUCAUUAUGAAGCAUAUGAUGAUCCCGUGGAUAGUAUCUAGAUCACCAUGGCGACCAGACAGAAGUUGAUGAGAGCUGUUAGAGUUUUUGAAUUUGGUGGACCAGAAGUCCUGAAAUUGCAAUCAGAUAUUGCAGUACCAAUUCCAAAAGACCAUCAGGUUCUAAUCAAGGUCCAUGCAUGUGGUGUCAACCCUGUGGAGACAUACAUUCGCUCUGGUACUUAUAGUAUAAAACCACUCUUACCCUAUACUCCUGGCUCAGAUGUGGCUGGCGUGAUAGAAGCUGUUGGAGAUAAUGCAUGUGCUUUCAAGAAAGGUGACAGAGUUUUCACUAGCAGCACGAUCUCUGGAGGCUAUGCAGAGUACACUCUUGCAGCAGACCACACUGUUUACAAACUACCUGAAAAACUGGACUUUAAACAAGGAGCCGCCAUCGGUAUCCCAUAUUUUACUGCCUGUCGAGCUCUGAUCCACAGUGCCCGUGUGAAAGCUGGAGAAAGUGUUCUGGUUCAUGGGGCGAGUGGAGGAGUUGGAUUAGCAGCAUGCCAGAUUGCUAGAGCUUAUGGCUUAAAGGUUUUGGGCACUGCUGGUACUGAGGAAGGACAAAAGAUUGUUUUGCAAAAUGGAGCCCAUGAAGUGUUCAAUCACAGAGAAGUGAAUUAUAUUGAUAAAAUUAAGAAAUAUGUUGGUGAGAAAGGAAUUGAUGUAAUUAUUGAAAUGUUAGCUAAUGUAAAUCUUAGUAAAGACUUGAGUCUUCUGUCACAUGGAGGACGAGUGAUAGUUGUUGGCAACAGAGGUACUAUUGAAAUAAACCCAAGGGACACCAUGGCAAAGGAGUCGAGUAUAAUUGGAGUUACUCUCUUUUCCUCAACCAAGGAGGAAUUUCAGCAAUAUGCAGCAGCCCUUCAAGCUGGAAUGGAAAUUGGCUGGUUGAAACCUGUAAUAGGUUCUCAAUAUCCAUUGGAGAAGGUGGCCGAGGCUCAUAAAGAUAUCAUUCAUGGCAGUGGGGCUACUGGAAAAAUGAUUCUUCUCUUAUGAUUAAUUCUUUCAUGGAUUUCCUGUGUAAUCAGAGGUACUGUCUUUCCCCCAGUUGUACUUACCCUAUCUUUUCUUUAAUUAAUAUUCGAUUCCAUGAGUUUCUUACGUGAAAAAAUAAGAUUUUUCUUUAAAGAACAGAGGCAGAAGAGUAAAAUUCAUUGUAUUGCUAGCAAUAUAUUUUUUAUGCCAUCUGUCUCAAAUCAAGGAGUCAUCAUAGUAGGAAAUAGCAUGUUAGUCAUCGUUUGGCAUGAGGGUGCAUUCCAGUAAUUCUUAAUUGAUACUUGAUUAAUUCCAUACCUUUGAUUAAAACAUGCUAGUUCAAAAUAAGACUGCUCAGUUUCCAAGGGUUUUCAAGCCUACUUACCUUUGUAAAGGUUCUCUAGUCUCUGAUUAGCCAUGGCUGUAUUGGACUUGGAACAUUUUCUGGACUCAAAACCUCUACUCUAAACUAACCUCAUUUGGAUGUGUAAGUCUUUUGUAAAGGCAAAAAUAAAUAAUGUCCAGGAUAAUUUAUUAGUUUUCUCAGUAUUUUCCCAAAUAUUAGAAUAUUUACUUCAUUAUUGGUUGGCUGCCAAUGACCCCAUAUGUUCUGUGAGAAUGCGAGCUUUAUCUUCGAUAUACUGCAUAGUCUCCAAAUAGGUAAUACUUCUCAAUUGAUUAGAUUUUCAGAGUAAAUUUAGAGUUAUCUGUUUGUCUGGUGAGGGUCAUACAUUUUGUUGAAAUAAUUAAGCUCAAAAAUUUGAUAAAUGAAGAAUUAUCUUCAUUUGUCUCAAUAAUGUGUAAUAAAAUCUAGAGAAAAUCAAAACCUGCUUUUCCAGUUUUUAUAGUGUUUGCCUCUCAUCACUUCUGCAUAGCUCCUGACAGUUACUUCUUAACAGUGUUCUAUGCUGGAAGCCUUUAUCUAAACUAAAUACAGGGAUGACCUCUUAGCAAUCUUGCCAUCAAUAUUGUAUUCAAGGAAAUAAAAGUUUGAUUAUUUGUUAUUUUUGUUUUUCAUCACAUGAGCACAUCCUUUUGUCGUGUCACAUUAUGUGGUUGAUUGUUUUGACCUGAUUUGUUCUGUUGAAUGACAAUUUCUGGCUUGAACGUGGAAUCCUGUUUCAGUAAUAAACAGAAAAUACUGCUAAUUUCUAUAGUUGAAGGAUAUCAUUGGCUUCUGGCUAUAUGUGCCAUGACUGAAAUGUUUUUGCUAUUAGCAUUUUCCAAGUUUAUCCACUGUUUCUCUUAUAGGUUAAAUGCCCUGUAAAAUUACUAAAAAAAAAAAAAGAAAAGUGUUAAGGCAAUGCCAUCAAUAUAGGCUAGCAUUUUAUGUGCAUCCUAAAAUGGAGGAUUCCUUUCCAUGCAACAAGGUAAAAGAAUAAUUAUUCUGUAAAAGUCAGUUUAAUCUGUUUGUACAUUUGCCUCAUCUAUAGAAAGAGCUAAAGCAUACAGAUGACUUAACACUUCAAAAUACAUCGAUACAGUUUAAUUAAUUUUGAAGGCAAAACUAGCCAAACUGUAUGCAUUAACUACUAUUUUUAUGAAUAUGUAGCACUAGGUAUGUUCUCUGCAUAAAUCUCUAUGGUUUUAGUCUUGUUCCAACUUUCAACCAACUGCAUUCACUACUUGGUUGGUGCCUGUGGCCUUAGGGCUACUACAUAGUUAUCAGUGCUCGUUCUUGAUGAAAAGUAGAGAAUAAACUGUAUAAUAAACAAACAUUGUUUAACUCA